AUGGAAAAAAAACACAGGGAAACAGGGAAAAACGUAGAAAACACCGAAAAACAGCGAGAAUCAAGGAAAAACGUAGCAUAACACAUGGGAACAGAGAAAAAAGGUAGAAAAACACAGAAAAACAUGGAGAAUCAAGGAAAAACAUGGAAAAACACAGGGAAACAGGGGAAAACAUUGGAGAAUCAGGGGAAAACACAGGGAAACAGGAAAAAACAUAGAAAACACGGAAAAACAGGGAGAAUCUAGAAAAAACAUAGAAAAACACAGGGAAACAGGGGAAAACGUAGAAAACACCGAAAAACAGGGAGAAUCAAGGAAAAACAUAGAAAAAAACAUGGGAACAGGGAAAAACGUAGAAAAACACAGAAAAACAUGGAGAAUCAAGGAAAAACAUGGAAAAACACAGGGAAACAGGGGACAACGUAGAAAAUACCGAGAAACAGGGAGAAUCAGGGAAAAACAAAGAAAAACACGAAAAAACAGGGAGAAUCCAGGAAAAACAUAGAAAAACACAGGGAAACAGGGGAAAACGUAGAAAAACACCAAAAAACAGGGAGAAUCAGGAGAAAACAUAGAAAAACACGAAAAAACAGGGAGAAUCCAGGAAAAAGAUAGAAAAACACAGGGAAACAGGGAGAAUCAGGGGAAAACCAAGAAAAACACCGAAACACAGGGAGAAUCAGAGGAAAACAUAGAAAAACACGAAAAAACAGGGAGAAUCCAGGAAAAACAUAGAAAAACACAGGGAAACAGGGGAAAACGUAGAAAACACCGAAAAACAGGGAGAAUCAGGCGAAAACAAAGAAAAACACAGGAAAACAGGGAGAAUCCAGGAAAAACAUAGAAAAACACAGGGAAACAGGGGAAAACGUAGAAAACACCGAAAAACAGGGAGAAUUAGGGGAAAACAUAGAAAAACACAGGGAAACAGGGGAAAACAUAGAAAAACACGAAAAACAGGGAGAAUCCAGGAAAAACAUAGAAAAACGCAGGGAAACAGGGGAAAACGUAGAAAACACCGAAAAACAGGGAGAAUCGGGGGAAAACUAA